ACGAACAUUCGCGACGCUAACCCAGCCCGGCCUAAUCCAGGUAAAACGAUCGACAGGGUCCACACGUGCGUCGCAACCCAUGAGGCGACUCGGAAGGCCCAGAUGUCCGCUCUCCAAGCCGUCUCAUGACCAUCACGGUAUUUCCCAUCUCAACCUUGCAAAUAUGUAGCCUCUUCGUCUAUUCCUCGCCUUUGAGGCGUUUUGCUUUUGCUUUCUGCGUAAACAAAACUACACAAGUUUUUUUGCGACAACAAUGGCGGCUUCGUCACCACGCUCAUCGACGAGCUCGACAAGCAGCAGCAGCAGCACCACCUCCUCCUCGCGCUCCUACCCCGCCCCAUCUGCAACGCCCUCACCAAGACGACAAUCACCCCGCCCCCUCCUCUACAAACUCUACACCUCACACAUACUGUCUACGUGGAAUGCGCGCACUUUUGAAUUCGGCGCUGUCAUCUUCCUUGCGAAAAUCUUCCCCGGAACGCUCUUCUUCGCAAGUUGCUAUGCGCUUUUUCGCUCGCUUGCCGCUGCGCUCCUGGGUUCGUGGAUAGGCGGGCAGGUCGAUGCGAGGAAUAGAUUGUAUGUCGUGAGGCAGAGUAUUCUAUGGCAAAGGCUUUCUGUCGCAGCGAGUUGUGCAGUUUUGGUGGCUAUGUUGGGUUUGGGUGGUGGUGGGCAAGAAGAGAAGAAGAAGAAUGUCAGUGGAAUAUCGUAUGGCUUGUUUGCCGUCAGCGCGGUUCUGGCAUGUGUCGAGAAAUUGGCUUUUGUCGCCAACACGGUUUCUGUGGAGAGAGACUGGAUAGUCGUGGUUUCUGAGAGCUUGGGUGCAGAUCGUCAAGAGCUGAAUAGCGUCAUGCGCAGAAUUGAUUUGGUGUGCAAGCUCAUUGCGCCCGUGGGCAUCGGACUCGUGGACGGCUACUCGACCAAAAUUGCCAUCUGGGUUGUAUUCGCGCAGAAUGCAAUUAGUGUACUAAUGGAGUACUUUGCCAUUGCGAAUGUGUACGCCGCGGUGCCGGAACUUGGUGUUGGCAAAGGCGUCGCGCAGGCUGAAACGAAUAUUGCCACGGAUUCACAACCGCAAGACUCUUCCCACGGGGAUACCGUGUCAAACACGCCUAGCCGACGUUCCACUCUUCUCGCCAAUAUAACCUCACACCUGCAACCCUACCGCGCAUAUAUCGAAAACCCCGCCUUCCUCGCCUCCUUCUCGCUUUCCCUCCUCUAUCUCACUGUCCUGAGCUUUGCAUCGCAAAUGACGACUUACUUGCUCACCCUCGGCUUCACGAGCACGCACGUCUCCAUCAUGCGACUCGUGUCCGUUUUUCUCGAACUUAGCGCCACCGUCGCGGCGCCGUGGCUGAUGAAUAAGAUCGGCGCUGUACGAGCAGGUCUCUGGUUCAUCAACGAACAAGUCCUCGCCAUUGCCCUAGCCAUAGGCUUGUUCCACGUCUUCCCUACGAGUACGGCACCGAUGUUGGCUGGCGCCGCGCUUGUCCUGGGCGUCUGUCUCUCCCGCCUCGGUCUCUGGGGUUUCGAUCUCAGCGUCCAGUAUCUCGUGCAGGAAGAUGCGCCACCUGCGUCUCGCGGCUCCUUUUCCGCUAUUGAGAUGUCACUGCAAAACAUCUUUGAGCUCCUCUCUUUCGCAACGACAAUGGUGUGGUGGCGGCCGCAGGACUUUACCAUUCCGAUCUAUAUCAGCGCAGGCGCGAUUGCAUCGAGUGCGGCGUGUUUUGCGGGAUUUGUAAGGCAGAAGAGGGGUCAUUUGUUGCAUACGGAUCGGUGCUUGAAGAGGAUGGGUGGGAAGAAGAGAAGGUAUCAGGUGCUGCCGACUAUUGAGGAGGAGGGGGACUUUGAGCUGGAUGAGAGGAGUGGGCGAUGAACGAGAUCAGUAUCCAUGCAAGACGAUAAAUGAACAAAGAUCAUGUAAAAACACAUGUUGGGCAGAUUUUGGAGAUAUAAGUGAUGGUUCUAUUAUCGUAAAGGUACGGCCAUUUCAGCACUACGAAAUCUCGUAGCCAGAUCGGCAAUACAGCAUA